GAAAGUUUGCACUGCGAGUGUGAAAUCUCAUCUCCUAGGAAUAUUCUAGCUUCGUUUCAUACAAGUGUAGUACCAGAUAUAUACGCUGAGCUCGCAGUGGGGGCAGACUUUUUCAUCUUAUCAUCUGGAUUUGAAUUGAACUCUCGUCUUUCAAUAUCAUCUCGCACUCUUCCACGACCUUUGAACUCUAUUAUCGCCUUAAACGCAAUCAAUCCCAUUUCCUUUCUUAAUACCCUUCGUCAUGCCUGCGUUCGAGGAUUCUGACUUCGGCGUCGAAGCUCAACGCCCGUCCACCCCCUCAGCAGAGCAAGUAGCACGUCUUCAAAAGAUCGUUAGCAAUGGAUCACCAGCCAAACACUCCCAACCUACUCUUGCUGUACCCAACGGCGAGAAAAACACCGGAGCGAUCGAAGUUCCAGCAACACGCUCCUCGAUCGCUGAAUCUGAAGCUCUCAUGCAUUCUCUAAGCAUGUCACCAUCUCAAGUCGACCGUCGCGGUUCUCGCAACAGCUUUGGAGCCUCUCUCCCCAUCCCUCGAUCAAAGCGGCAAUCAAGACUCUCUUCAGUCACCGCAGCAGAUGGCAGGCCAAGCCGACCAGGCAUGCCACCUGUCCAACCAACACGUGACAUCCUCUCCUCCCAAGUCCAAGACAUGUCAUCAGUCAAGACAGCGGCGGCAAAAGACAUGGCUUUCGCCUUUGACAUUGACGGUGUGCUCGUCCACGGUGACCGCCUCAUUCCAGAAGGAAAGCGUGUGCUAGAAAUCCUCAACGGCGACAACGAACUGGGCAUCAAGAUUCCCCACAUCUUCCUCACAAACGGCUCCGGCAAGCCAGAAGCAGCCCGCUGCGCCCAACUCUCCAAGAUCCUUCACUCCCCAGUUUCCACCGAGCAAUUCAUCCAAUCCCACACUCCCAUGUCCGCUCUCGCCGAGUACUACGAAACCGUCCUAGUCGUCGGAGGCGAGAACUACCAAUGCAGAGAAGUAGCCAAACAAUACGGCUUCAAAGACAUCGUAGUCCCAAACGAUAUCGUUGCCUCCCAAUCCACCAUCUCCCCCCUCAAAGAAUUCUUCACCCCCGAACAGCGCGCUACCUCCACCCCGCGGGACUUCUCCAAAGUAAAAAUCAACGCUAUCCUCGUCUUCUCCGAUUCCCGCGACUACGCCACCGACCUCCAGAUCAUCAUGGACCUGCUGCAAUCCGAAGACGGCGUCCUCGGCACCAAAGCCCAAGACCCUACUUCGCAACGAAUCCCCAUCUACUUCUCGCAAGGCGAUCUACUGUGUCCGACAGAGCACCCACAGCCCCGCAUGUCCCAGGGCACAUUCCGCAUCGCGCUCGAAGCCAUCUACAAAGCCAUCAUGGGCGUGGAACUCGAGCGUGUCGUGUACGGGAAGCCCGAGCUCGCGACGUACAAGUACGCUGACGAAGUCCUGACCUCGUGGAUGGACACUAUUCACAACGAAGAACGCCUUCCCAAGAACAUUUACAUGAUCGGCGAUAAUCCGCAAUCCGACAUCGUCGGGGGCAAUAUGUAUGGCUGGAACACGUGUCUGGUGCGGACGGGUGUGUUUCAGGGCGGGGACAACGAUGAGGCGAAUCCGGCGAGUUUUGGGGUCUUUAAGAAUGUGUUGGAGGCGGUGAUGGCGGCGUGUAGGAAGGAGUUGGGUGGGGAUUUUGGGUUUAACUGGAGUGAUAGUAUGAAUCCUGUUACGGCGGGGCAUUCGAUUUCUGCUAUUGAGUAGGGGAUGAAAUGGGAA